AGUCAGCCAAUCAGAGUCUGCAUAAGGCCCCAGCGGACGCUAAUUGGUACCCGCCGCCUGCACAGCAGCCCGGGUUCUGUGCCCCGGUUUGGACACCCUAGCUCCAGCUAGGAGAGGGUGCAUAAGCCUGCAUUGCUGUGGCCUCUAAGGUACCUCGGGAUUGCCCCCAAGCGUUUUUUCCGAGACAAGCAUCUUGAGGCCCUGGCAACCCAGCUGUCCCCGGGGUCACAGGCCAGAGCAAUCAACCCCCAAGUUCCGAUGGGCCCCACAGUGGGCGCGGCGAGGCCCGGGCGUUUCUUCGGCGUCUACCUGCUCUACUGCCUGAACCCUCGGCACCGGGGCCGCGUCUACGUAGGGUUCACGGUCAACCCUGCUCGUCGGGUGCAGCAGCACAACGGGGGCCGCAAAAAAGGCGGGGCCUGGCGGACCAGUGGACGCGGGCCCUGGGAGAUGGUGCUCAUCGUACACGGCUUCCCCUCCGCAGUGGCCGCCCUUCGGUUCGAGUGGGCCUGGCAGCACCCGCAGGCCUCGCGCCGCUUGGCGCACGUGGGUCCGCGCCUGCGCGGUGAGGCCGCUUUCGCCUUCCACUUGCGCGUGCUAGCGCACAUGCUGCGCGCGCCGCCCUGGGCGCGCCUCCCUCUCACCUUGCGCUGGCUGCGCGCCGACUUCCGCCAGGAUCUCUGCCCACCGCCACCGCCUCACGUGCCGCUGGCCUUCGGGCCUCCGCCCCCCCGGGCCUCAGCCCCGAGGCGCUGCGCGGCUGACACCGAGUCCGAGCUGGAGCACGACGCCGAGACCCGCUGCACCCUGUGCGCGCGUGUGCUCCAGGAUGAAGAAGACCCCCUGUGUUGCCCCCACCCUGGCUGCUCCCUGAGGGCCCAUGUGAUCUGCCUGGCAGAGGAGUUCCUGCAGGAGGAGCCAGGGCAGCUCCUGCCCCUAGAGGGCCAAUGCCCUGGCACCCAGGUCCUGGCCUGGAGGAGGCUUGUGAUCCUGACUGUAUCUCCUACCAUCUGCACCCCUGGUAGCUGUAAGAACUCACUGCUGUGGGGAGACCUGAUCUGGCUGUGCCGGAUGGGCACCGAGGAGGAAGAGGAGGACUCGGAAUUAGAAGAGGAACACUGGACCGACAUGCUGGAGAUCUGAUCCUCAGCGUCCCCAACCUCGGCCCACUCCUUUUCUGUGCCACCCCCUGUGGGUCUGGGCAGUUUUUACUUGAGUGCAAUAAAAAGUCUGAGUUAAGG